AUGCAGAAAUUUCGUGCUGCAGAGAAGUUUGUUGCCUCUGUGAAGCUUUGUUACGAUAGUAGGCAUGUUGUUGGUCCUAGUGCGUCUUCCAUAGGCUUGGUUAAGUCCACAGUUUAUAGUGGUCGGAAGAGGGUGAAAAACACAAGUGGGCCCGAAGUGUCACCAGGUACCUUCCAGUCCCAGCCCUUGUCGAAGCGGUGUACAGGUGGUUUGCCGGGAAGGAGGCUAGCCUUCACAAUCUUACAGAAUGACUCACUUGAUGGCAGACCUAAGGAUCCUGCGAGAGCACCACCUUGUGACUUGAGGCAGGCGUCUGUCUGUGGAGCCACCCAAACUCAACCAGAUGACUUGCCUAAUUACCUAGAAGCUGAAAAUUGCAGAAGCACAACUGUGAAGAUAACUGUCAGCUCCCCUUCCAAGCCUGAAGCAGUAACCAAGGAGAUCAGAGAGAGUUUCAGCAAGGUUGCACGAGCGCUGGCUGGUGGUCACCCUCCCUCUAUCGCUAGGGCAGUGUUUUCAGAGCCAUCCUUGAAAGUGUGCAUCAUUGAGAAGGUCAUCAACAUCCUCAACGAUGAGUGUGCAGCUCUCUGUAAGAAAGUGAACCCUCCAUCUCUGUUUCGCAAGUUCCCCAUACACAAAGUUGACUUGUUCUCCUGGGACCGUUGCGUUGCUUUUGCCAUAUCUAGUAAGGAACCAUACGAAAGUGUCGCUGCCAUUGCAUGUAGACUGCCUAAAACACUUCCACUUGCUUUGGCUUAAGAACAAGGUCUUUGUUGCCGAUACAGGCCAGAGCGUACUUCACAGCACCAGAGAAACUUGACUGACUACUAGCCAUCACAAAACAGGCACUAGCUAGCUGAGCUUGCACAUAAAUAUAAAACGGACAAUGUGGUUUCAGAAUACUGUAAGUGGUGCGGAACUGUUAUGUAAUAAUUUUACUGAUAUUUUACUAAGAUAUCCUGAUUCCCAGAAAUUCUGGGAAUGGUUUGCGCAUACGUAUGCAACUUAUACUAGGCCCAGAAGUAUGAGGGGCCUGGAUUCGAGGCUAGAAUUCAGCUUGAUCUACUCAAACUUUAUGAUGACUUCGUGAGUGCUGUAUAUUGGGGUACAUCUCAGGUCUAGAAUCAAAGGAGGUUGGACGCGCGUCAUCCACCGUCAGGUUUUAUCACGUGCGCUCAUAAGAUUAGGCACCAUUAGGCACCUCGAUGCUCCACUGUUUUGUAGGCUGUACAGAGACACUGCAAGUAGCCAGAAGUGGUCAAGGAGCAUUCCCACCGCCCUCUCACCUUCCCUACACUGCUGAAAAGAUUCCAAGAUGGAUCUAGACUAGUAUUUAUAUAUUUUUUGACACUUUUCCAAUUUUUGUUUAACAGGAUUGUGAUGUGUAUGAGCAGAGGAGGUCAGAGCACCAUUGAUCUGUUUCUCUUUAGCGUUCCUAGCUCUUACUUGCACUGAUAAGCUUUUACAUUCUCACCUUUGACCUCAAAGGAAUUCUAUAAAGGUUUAUAAUUAUCACAUGACUGAAGGCGUCAUGAUGAUGCGUGUCCAACCCAGAGGAGGUACGCCAAUGUCAAAAGGUCACUAAUUAAAACAUCAUGUGGGCUUAUGUUUUACAUGUAAAACUGAGUUCACCCUCGCGCCCCAGGCUUUAUACAACACCACUAGCUUCAUCCUUUUCAUAAUCAUAGCAGAAAUCAGUUGAACUAUUGCGCCUCAGACGAAACAGCUUGAGAGAAGAGAUCUCAGAUUUAUUUACAACCUUUGACCUUUGAUUGCAUUCUUCGAAACCACAAGAUAUGGAAAAUUAGCCUUCUGUAGCUAGGGUAUAAAUUUUGAUGUACUGGUUUGCUGCACUGGAUAGAACUAGGUAUAGCAAGCUUUCCAAGCAAGCAAAUAAACGGUCAAGAGCAACAGAAACGGUAGCUGCUAUAAUCCCAGCAAAGGUCAAGAACCCAGGACAA